AUGGAAUCAAAUAGCACGGAAAGUUUGGAUCAUGCAGCAAUGCAAGACAACUUCUCUUUUGAAGUGACAGUGCUCUGUAUGUGUAGGGGUGUUAUUUCUUUUCUUGGUCUAAUUGGAGAUUUCUUGUCCAUUUGGACAUUUCUGGUCAUGGGACCUAAAGAUGGAGUAACGCUUUCAUUUUUGUUACUCUCUGUCUCAGAUUUGUUGUAUCUUCUCUGUAUGACCGUUUCAUCAAUUUCUUACUUAUUUAUAAGUAUCGAACUGAGCACCAAAUUUAAGACAUAUUUUCCAGUCGACCCUUACGGAAUAAACACGUACAUAACCAAUUGUGGGAGCGGUUUCUACGCUAGCACAAUGCUCACCCUGACAUUUCUGUCCAUUUGUCGCUGUCUAAGUGUCGCCAAACCUCUGUGGUUUAGACAUAAGCUCGGGACAAAAAGAAUUUCAGUUCUGUUUUUCUCAAUCAGUGCUGCGUUUUGUAUAUCGACAAGUGUUCCCAUCUUAGUUCUGAUGGGGAUAAUACCGCUCUAUGAUGCCAGGAUCAACACCACAAGACCUUCGUUGUGGAUUUCACCAGAAAGGAAAUGGGUGACGUAUAUCGUUUGGCCAGUCAGGGGAUCCUUGCUUCCACUUAUCGUUCAGGUUAUUCUAAUCAUUACUUCUGUGGUAAUGAACAGAUUCCUAAAAUCAGCCUUGGCAUUUCGUCAUAAACACACUUCAUCAUCUUUAGCAUCUACUCAAUCCACUCCAUUUAAAUUAGACGAUCCAGAAGCAAAAGACAAAACAAUUUUAAACGAAAACGGCAAGUUAAGUGGCAAGGAACUUCAGAUAAUUAAACAAAUGAUUAUCCUGUCUGUGGUGUUUACUGUGAGUUGCAUCCCAAAGGUGAUGUUCAAUGCUGCCGUCUUCAUCUACCCCGAGUUUUCCAUCACUGGCAGGUACGGCAGGCUGUACGAGACAGUGGACGUAAUAAGAGAAGCAUUUCAAAUGCUGUAUUCAUGUUCUAAUGUUUUCAUCUACAACACUUAUAAUUCCAAGUUCAGAGAUGUGUUUAGGAGAAAAUGGUCAUGA